AUGAGCCAAACGCACAAAUGUGUAAAAGAUAUCGCCAGCUUUUUUGUAAAACGAACAAAAGAAUUACCUCUGCAACAAGGCAAUGAUGUAACAGUGACAGUGAACCGAAUUGAACCUGGUCCUGGCCCAGGCCCAAGUAAAAAGAGAAAACCCAAUGAGAGCAAAUUCCCCUUAGCGUGGAAACUAAAAUAUCGAUCAUGGUUGAGAUAUGACGAAGGAUUGAAUUUGAUGUUUUGUACCAUUUGUGAAAAACACGACAAGUCAAAGGGCCCUUGGGUAAACGGUACAAAAAAUUUUCGAUUGAAAUCAUUACAUGUCCACCUAAAGAGUGUUGAACACAAAGAAGCAGUAGAAUCAGUAGAUCCCAGUCAGAAAUCACUCCCUUCCACUUUUGCUGCAUCACAGGAAAAGAGAAACAGCGUUAUCGUAGCUGCUUUGCGAACAGUAUAUUGGAUAGUAAAAGAGGAAAUUGCAAAUAGAAAGUACAAAAGUUUAAUAGAGUUUCAAAAAUUACAGGGAUGCAAAGAUAUCCAGAACCUUUAUCUUGGAAGCAAUGCUGGCUAUAAUAGUCCCGAUAUUUUUAAUCAACUUCUGUAUGCGUUGAACGAAGUAGUAGAGCGGCAAAUCGAGUUAGAUAUCCAGAAAAGUCCUUGCUUAGGGGUUGGAAUCGAUGAGAGUAUGGAUAGAUCCAAUGAGAAACAUAUCGCUGUUGUUGCUAGAUACGUAGAUCUAGAACGAGCUGAACUUGUCACUACAUUCUUGAAGUGCGAAAAGGUCAAAGAAUGUACUGCACAAGGGAUCUAUUCAGUAACGAAAGACAUACUAUCCGGUAAAAAAAUACCAAUGACAAAAGUUUGCGGGCUUGGAACGGAUGGUGCGUCGGUUAUGACUGGCCACAUGAAUGGAGUGCGUGCACUUAUACACGAAGAUAAUCCGCACUGUAUUUGCAUACAUUGUAUCUGCCAUCGCCUGAACCUUGCUGUCAGCCAAGCAUGCCAAAACAUCCCAGAGAUGCAAAGUCUGACUGCUGUUAUAAGUGGGGUGUUUAACUAUAUCAGUAGUUCACCACGGAGAGAAGAGCGGCUCAGAGAGUUGAACGAGCUUCUUGAGCAGAAGAACAUAAAAUUGAGGAGAAUUUAUGAGAUUCGCUGGCUUAGCAUGGGUGAUGCAGUUUGCGCAAUAAUAAAGAAUUAUGAAGCUCUGUUAAUGUUAACCAGCUCAGAAGGUCUUCUUGGUGAUCCUAUUGCGAUUGGCCUCAAUCAGCAGCUGUCUUCAUUGCUUAUUCUCGCCCUUAUCCACCUUUCCGCAGAUGUACUUUCUGUUACUAAUCACUUGUCGAGAAUUUUUCAGUACAGAGAUGUUUGCUUUUCCGCACUUCGUGAAAAAUUGGGCGAUUGCAUUGCAACACUGGAAGCACUUCGCGAGAAGAAUGGACCAUUGCUCUCAGCAAUGGAGAGUGAGCUUACAGAAGAACUGCUCGGGAGUUUUAAAGGGACAACAAUAAACUAUGAAGCUAAACGCGGACAACCUGGACAAAAUACGCUAUUUCAGCAAGUAAGACUCCAAUUUCUUAACCAGCUCCUUGAAAAUCUGAGAGCACGUUUUUCAAAGAUUGCACUUCUGACAGCGAUGCAAGUUUUUGAGCCAGCCUCGUAUCCUGCUGAAAGCCAGUUGAUUGAAUGGGGUAAUCAACAUUUAGCAACUCUUCUCGAGCACUAUGGUAAGCCAGCAACAAAUGACGAAAACGUGGAGUAUGAAGCAAUGAUUGACCCAACUGCCUGCAUGGGUGAGUUUCUUCCAUUCAAACGGUUAGUAUACAAUAACCUGGGUGAAAAAAAGCGCGACAGCACAACCAAACAAGAUAAAUGGCAUUUUUAUACACCUCCAGAACUUAUAAAGAAAGUGUUUGGUGGGACCAUGUUGGCAAAUCAGACAAUCCUGCCUGUCAUGUUUAAACUUGCGUGUAUAUGCUUGUGUCUGAUGGUUGGUAACGCUGAAGCUGAGAGAGUAUUCAGUUGUCAGAAUCGUAUUAAAACCAAGUCAAGAACUCGUCUCACUAUAAAUCAGCUAGACAAACUGAUCAGGCUUAGUUACUGUGGAAUACCAAUCGAGGAUAUGGAUUACGAGGCAGCAUGUGCUGUUUUCUGUCAAAACCCUCACAGAAUUUAG